AUGAAUGGAAACGGGCAUGGACAUCUGCCCAGCGUCGACGACUAUGGCGUCCCCCCACGCACCGGCGUCGAUCCCAGCGGGAAGGUCGUCGUGGACUCGUAUCGCGCGGACAUUGUGAACGGCUUCGAGAAGGAUGCACCAAUGUACAAUCCGAUCAACCCGGAGAGGACGCAGAGUUCGUCGCACGUCGACCUCGCCGACCCGAUACAGGUCCACCUCCUUACCGAGACGGCCCUGUCUGACAGCAAGGAAUACGAAAUCCUCUCACAGGAAGAAAUCGACGACUUGAAGAAACUAUGCGCCUUCAUCAACCAGCGGAUAGACUCCACGCGGUCGAACCUUCUGAUCCAGGCGAAGUUUCGAGAUGCCGCUAUCUCCAUGGCCAAGCUAUACUCACCUACCAACACUAGCCCGGAUGCUGGCAUUGACGAGACGGAUCGGCAGGCGGGUGCGGAAAGGGAGGAAAGCGAGCGCCGGUGCGAGGAGUUAGCAGCAGAGCUGUUCUACCUUGAGAAGAAAAUUAUGGAACCCAAGAGGAGGUUGCUCGAGCACACGGCUGGUAUCCUCCAGCUCACACACAAGGCGUCCAGGAGAAAGGGCGCAAUGAACGACCAGGCGCCAAACGGAGUUCCCGGAAGCCCAGAGAGCAUGUACACAUACACGCAAAGCCGAAACAGCCUGGACGGGCCCGACGAUUUCUACACAGAUGAUACAAGCUUCACCGGCUUCGAUCCACUGGAUACACGGGGACCAAGGAAAAACCCGCUCGAGAUUCCCAUGAAGUCGCCCAUCCGAGAGCAGCAAAGCCAGCUGAAGGAGGAGAACCAGGCGCUGAUCCAAUCCAUUGCCGACAUGGAAAAGAGGUUGGAGGGAUUAAACGGUUCAUUACGGGAGACAAUUGUGCGAUUCAAUCCCGAGGGCAACGCUGGGUACGAUGGCCCGCCCGAUGCCUCGCAAUCACAGGGUAUGAAGCCUGGGGAGAUGCUGUGGAACCAGAUCGAAUACCUCGAAAGUGGCCUUGUGGCAGUUCAAGCCGAGCAGGAGUCGCGCAUGAACGAACCCAGAGUCGUCAGUGACACCAGUGGCGUGGACAGGACAUUGAUGGAGCUGUGGGAGAUGAUCCAAACGGGGUACACCAGCAUCAAGGAGCAGAACCACGACCGAAGGCGGGCGCGAGCAGAAAAGGGGCUCGAGGACGAUGAGUCCGAUGACGACGGCAUCGAUAUUGCCGAGUCGUACAACCUCCUCAACUUCUCAACAAGAGUACGUUGGCUCUACAGGCAAGCCACGACAUUGAAGGACCAAAAGUCGGUCUUGAAGCGGCAGAUCAAGCAGCAGCGCGAGCUGAACAACAAGUCCGACGCCGAGAAGGAUGCGGAACUCGCACAGAAGCAAGAAGAGCUGGAGCAGAGCCACGUCCUCAUCAGCCGCGCCGAGAAAGAUUUUGCAGAUGCACAGAGGAUGCUCUCAGAGACGCUCGAGGACCUGGAGCAAGCCCGCGAGGACGCUCUCCAGGCAAGGGCCAACGCAGGUCCCAGCGAGGAGAUACAGACCGAGCUCCGCGAGCGCGAGGCGCGAACGCAGGUCCUCGAGGCCAAGCUCCAGGAUAUGCAGCAGGAGCUGGCCCAUGCCGAGGCGGAGAGCCAGGGCACGCAGCAGAGGCUCUUGCAGGUGGACGCGUCUAUCAGCGCGCUGAGCACAGCGCUCGACGAGGCGACGCGUGCGCGCGACGAGGCGCAGGCCGCUCUCCAGAGUCGCAACACGGAAUACGAAGACCUUAAUCUGCUAUACGCCAACCUCAAGACGGAAAUCACCAUUGCGCGCGCUGAGCUCGAUGGCGCCUAUGGGACGCGUGCCGAGCGCGCGGCCGACGUCGCCGCCAAGCAGACCAACAGCGAGAUUGAGCGCCUGCGGACCGAGCUCCGUGCCACGGCCCAGGAGCUGGAGGACGUCACCAAGGAGACCCUCGCCUCGGAGCGGGAGAAGAUUGGGCUCGAGACCAAGCUUGACGAGGCGCUCGCCGUGCGGUCCGAGGUGGAGGCGGAAAUCAACCAGGUCAGGGAGCGGAUGGACGAGGAGAUCUCACGCGCCCGGGAGAGGAUCGAGAUGCUACAGGAGGAGCUCGAUGGAGAGAGGCUCAAGGCGGGCCGGGGCAGUGGGGACGGACCCGGUCGCGUGGGCAUGGGCGCGACGAUGCUGAGCGAGCAGUUCAGGACGACGAUGAGAGAAGAGAGGAAGAAGUACCAGGAGGAUCUCAAGGAGGAGCGCGCAAGGUGUCGCAAAUUAGAAGAAGAGCUCUCGCGGCUGAAACGGGCCCAGGGGCCGGGCAAGAGUCCCUUGAGUCCACGGCAGUGA